UUUAGCUAUCACUCAAAGAAGAACACAGGCUAACAUAAACAGCUCAGACACUUUUUCUGCUGUUCUUUUCUUUAGUUUCACUAGAUCGGGGAAAAUGCGUCUUAAAAAGCACACUGCUGUCGUUGCGUUUCACUCUCAGCUGUCCGCCAUUUUGGAGAAGUUGAUGGUUUUAGCUGUGGAGGAGAUAAAGGAGCUGGUGUUUGAUUUCUGCGAAGAGAUUAGCCAAGAGAAAACUCAAAACAAGGAUCUAUACGAAAGGACGAGAGAGGAGCGAGGGGAGAGCGUCUAUCAGCACUCUUCUGACUCCUUCUAUAUAGAGACACAGGAUGAACAUAGUGAACCUCAAGACCAGGUGAGCCCAACAAGCAGUAGAGAAGAUGCAAAGGAGAAACCAUUUCCAAACGCAUUUUCCAGCUAUGACAAGGAAAACAUGUCAACCAACUGCAAGUUUGAACAGGUUGCUACCAUUUCCAAAAAUCCUUCUACCUUUGAACAGGAGGAAGAGAGUAGUCAUGAGGAGGCCAGGCAGGCAAACUAUGAGCCACCACAGGACAGCAAAAAACAUCUUAUUGAUUAUAACUCACCAGACGAGUCCCAGUGUACAACAUAUGAUGAAGAUAUUUCCGCAAAUCAAGACCACAGUCGUGAUGUUGAUUUUCAUAUCAAACAAGAGGAAGAAACUCCAGGCUUUGAGACAGGAAAUUGCACAAGAUUUCAAAUGCAGACAGGUCUGAUGGUAACAGAAGCUCAGCCUACUGCUCAGGAUUUCCUUUUGGUCAAUCAAGCCUCUUACAACCCACCCUAUAAUGUGGCCUUUGCUUCUAUGGACAUACCAAGGCCGGCCCACACACUCCCCCAUGUCCAUAAAAACUGGAACAAACCAAGCAAUGGAAACACUUGGACUUUACAUCAAACCAACAAAGUGUUUAAGUACUUGUGACGUGAGGAGGAGCCUGUGUGAGCGGUAAGUGUUGGAAAUAUUUUGACUUUGAAUCUAGUUUUGGUUGUUUGUUAUUAGUUAGCGAUUAGCUGCUGUAGCUCCCGCACAUAACACACUGUUUUCUCUUCAAUUCGCCUGUAGCAAAGUGACUAUAUUGGCCGUAUCUAUGUUACUGGACCUGCACUGAUAUGGAAAUGAGCUGUGAAUAGGACCGUGAAUGAUGACAUUUAUGCAUAUAAUUAAUUACCGCGGCGCGCAGCAUUUACAUCUAAAGGCUAAUAGCGGUAGUUUCUUUACUAGCGAUGGGUCGGUCGCGAGCGAAACGGCUCUUUGAACGUCUCUUUCUCAACUCCCAUUUUAUCGGUAUCAUAUCGGCCACAACAAAAUCCAUAUCGGUUGGGCCCUAAUAAUCACUACAUAUAAUUUUGUUAUAAUAUUAUAAUACUAUGAUCAAAAUGUUUACUUAUAUAGUAAAUUAUUGAAUUUUCUUCAGGAUAAUAAAGUAUGUAUCUAAUCUAGCCAUCUAAUCUAAUUUUCAAUUAGAGCUCAGCAGACUCCUAAAAUACUCAAAACAAUGUUUAUAGGGCUUGACUGAACUCUAGUUUUCAAGAGUAUAUCUGAAAAAUAAUAUGGAAUUUUCUAAUGGGAAUAUAAAUCUAUUUAGAUUGAUUUAGAUUGAUUAGAGUCUCCGUAAUGUCUAAUGGGAGUUUUACAAAUAAAUAUCCAAUAGGAUUCUGAAGGGGAUAUCAUGGGAUUUUUUUGUAUUGUAUCUCUAUAGGAUUCUAAUAGGAUCUGUGAAAUCUAAGAGGACUUUUUGACUAGCGCUGCACUCACAAACAUUUUGUGAAAUGUAAUCAUAUAUGUAUGUAUAUGGUUGUAAUCUGUCUAGCACAUAGUCCAGUUAGUAUUUUUAAAUUGGGAAGAAAAAAAAACGUGGAAGUCUUUUCUUAAACAUUUUUAAAUAUUUUCAGACUACUAAAUCUCAGUAUUAACAUUUAUUUGUUUAGAGCUAAAGUGAAUAUUAUCAACCUAAACAAAUUGUUUUAAGUAUUACACAGCCCUAUUACCUAUUGUUAACAACUGUUUCCGAAAGCGUCUUCCCAGACGUCCUGCCCACCUGUAGCACACACAUUAGCCCCACCUACGGUCC